UAUCACUGUCUGCGCCAUGGCUGUAACAGUUGACAUAGGCUUAUAGAUAUAGAUAAAAAUGUCUAAAACAACAAGCGUUAAAUCUACCCAGUUAGAAAUGAAAUUAAUUCAAUCUGAUGUGACUGGUAACAAAGCGAAGGAGUGUACCAGACAUUUUGAAGGGAUUGAAAGUGCAAGAGUUAGCUUAAGCAGUGAUGAAGGUUUUGAAGCUGAAGAAGAUGACUCGCUUCUAGAACCACAGUACGCAGAAGGAAGAAAGAAGAGAGGAGCAUUGAGAUGCUUUUGUUGUAUCUGUAAUUGUUUCUGUUUUUGGAUUGAGAGGUGUUUUUUAGCCAUGGCAAAAAAAAUUUGUGGAGAACAAACACAUAGACCUCGUACAGUUUUUAUUGGUCGAACAUCUAAUGAAAAGUUUCCUGCAAACAAAACAAGAAAUCAGAAGUAUAACAUUCUCACUUUUAUUCCACUGGUUUUAUUCCAUCAGUUCAAGUUCUUCUUGAAUCUGUACUUUCUUGUGAUGGCUUUAUCACAGUUCAUUCCUGAUGUGAGGAUUGGUUACCUCUACACAUACUGGGGACCACUAGGCUUUGUACUGAGUGUUACAUUAACCAGAGAAGCAAUUGAUGAUUUUCGACGGUUCAGAAGGGAUCGAGAAGUCAACUCUCAGAAAUAUAAAAAACUCACAAAACAAGGUGUACUACUCAUCCCAAGCUCUGAUAUAAAAGUUUCUGAUCUCUUAAUUGUGGAAAAGGACCAGCGAGUUCCAGCAGAUCUUGUAUUCCUUAGAACUACUGAGAAGAAUGGGGCUUGUUUUAUUCGAACGGAUCAGUUAGAUGGAGAAACAGACUGGAAGCUUAGGCUAGCUGUUGGAUCGACUCAAAGACUAAUGACUACAGAAGAAUUGUUUGAAAUGGAUGCAUCAUUAUUUGCUGAAGAACCAAAGAGAGACAUUCACAGCUUUGUUGGGAAAUUCACAAGGCAUGAUGGAGAAGGAGGUGAAGAUUCCUUGGGUAUUGAGAACACUCUGUGGGCGAAUAGUGUUCUUGCUUCAGGAACAGCCAUUGGAAUUGUAAUUUAUACUGGAUCAGAAACUCGAAGUGUUAUGAAUAACUCAAAACCACGAAGCAAGGUUGGCUUACUAGAUACAGAAAUAAACCAACUUACAAAAGUUUUGUUUUGUGCAGUAAUCGGACUUGCCCUUGUCAUGAUGUGUCUCAAGGGUUUUGGAGGUCCAUGGUAUCGGUAUUUGUUUCGAUUUGUCUUACUGUUUUCAUACAUCAUACCCAUCAGCUUGCGGGUCAAUCUAGACAUGGGUAAAAUGGUCUAUUCUUGGAUGAUUCAACAAGAUAAAGAAAUUCCUGGAACUGUUGUUCGUAGCACUACCAUACCAGAAGACUUGGGAAGGAUUGUUUAUCUUCUUUCUGACAAAACUGGAACACUUACCCAGAAUGAAAUGAUUUUUAAAAGGUUGCACCUUGGAACCGUUUCUUUCAGUCCAGACACAUUUGAUGAGGUGGCAGCACAUCUACGAACAUCAUUUGCCCCUAAACCUUCGACAGGAACAACGCCCACACGGGGAACCACUCAUUCCAAAAUGAGGCGAACUGUUGUGACACGUGUACAAGAAGCAGUGACAGCUCUAGCUCUGUGUCACAAUGUAACUCCAGUGUAUGAGAAUGGUAACAUUGCUGAGAUUUCUGAUGGUGGUGAAGGUGAGGAGGAUGGAGAUACCGAAGCUGACCAACAGAGCAAGCAGUGCUAUGUUUACCAAGCUUCUAGUCCUGAUGAGGUUGCUCUUGUUUCUUGGACAGAAAGCGUGGGGCUGACACUUGUGUAUCGUGACCUUACAAGUAUGAAAGUUAAGGCACCUCAAGGCCAGCUUUUAACCUAUACCAUUUUACAGAUCUUUCCAUUCACACCAGAAUCUAAAAGAAUGGGUAUUAUUGUCAAGCAAGAAUCUAGUGGAGAAAUUGUCUUCUUCAUGAAAGGAGCCGACAGUGUCAUGGCUUCUGUCGUCCAGUACAAUGAUUGGCUUGAUGAAGAGUGUGGAAACAUGGCACGGGAAGGGCUUCGAACAUUAGUAGUAGCAAAGAAAGUGUUAACAGAAGAACAGUAUGCUGACUUUGAAGCUCGGUACAACCAGGCUAAAGUCAGUAUUCAAGACCGAGCAGCACGUGUAACUGCUGUACUGGAAAGUUUAGAGCGAGACAUGGAGCUACUUUGUUUGACAGGAGUUGAAGAUAAGCUCCAGGAAGAGGUACGGCCAACCCUUGAACUGCUGAGAAAUGCUGGAAUUAAGGUGUGGAUGUUGACUGGAGACAGACUGGAAACAGCCAUAAGCAUAGCCAAAUCUUCUCGACUGGUCUCGAGAACUCAACAGAUACAUAUUUUUGACUCGGUUACAUCUCGCACAGAAGCUCACCUUGAAUUGAACGCCUUCAGACGGAAAAACGAUUAUGUCCUCAUUAUUAAAGGCGAUGCAUUAGAGGUUUGUCUAAAGUUUUACCCAAAAGAAUUCAUGGAGUUGGCUUGCCAGUGUCCUGCUGUUGUUUGUUGUCGGUGUUCACCGACACAGAAAGCCGAGGUGGUCAGACUUAUCAAACAUCAUACUGGGAAAAGGACUUCAGCUGUUGGAGACGGAGGAAAUGACGUCAGCAUGAUUCAAGCUGCAGAUGCUGGUAUUGGUAUUGUAGGUAAGGAAGGAAAACAGGCAUCUUUGGCAGCAGAUUUUUCCAUCACACAGUUUAGUCACGUGGCCAGACUCCUCCUUGUGCAUGGCCGCUACAGUUACAAAAGAUCAGCAUCACUAAGUCAGUUUGUUAUUCAUCGAGGACUCAUCAUCUCAACGAUGCAGGCAGUUUUCUCAUCUGUUUUCUUCUUUGCAUCAGUUGCCCUGUAUCAGGGUUUUUUAAUGGUUGGGUAGGUAUUGAUAUGGGGGUUAUUGUUUUUUGAGAUAUUUCUAAUGGUUAAGCAACAUUUGGAUCUAACUAGUCAUGUAUGUAAGAGUUUUUUGAUAAUUGGCUGGUAAAAUGUUACUGUUACCAUUCAUGUACAUGGUUAUUUUCUGAUUAUUGAGUGCAUUUAAAUUUGGCUAAACAUGUAAAUGUGUAACUUAAUUUUUAUUAUUAAAAUAUUUUAUACUAAAAAUGAUUAUUGUUAAGUAGUAGUUGUAAUGAAACUUUAAUAUCACGGGAAAUAUCUUAGCCCUAGUUUCCAUUCUUAUUGGAAAGUUUUAUUAUGAAUGCUACUGUAUAAAGCAUGUAUUAAUUAGUUACUGCUUCUGAACGUUAAUAAGGUAACUUUUUAAGUAUUAUGUAUGUUAAUAACAACAGUUUGGUUAAAUGCUUACAAGAGUACAGUGUUAAUAUUAAUUUUAUAACAAAUCAAUGCAUAAAGAUCGUAAUAUUAUUUACAACUAGUUAGAAAACUUGAGGUUAAAAUGAUAAUGUUGCCUUGUUUCAUCAGUUAAACAUCUGUACUCUUAACAUUAUAUUGCCCCCCCCUACAUUUAAAAAAAAUUACGUAUUAUGAUGUGAACUUAACGUCAUAGUUCAACUAAAUAUUUUUAGUAAUUAUUUAUUCAAACUAUAAAUUUAUGUUUGUAAUAUUCUUUUAGUCUGAUGAUUUGCACUGUAAAAGCUGAUCCCCUGAGUACAUGUUUUUGCCCCCCUCUGAACUUAUUUUUGUGGGCACCCCUGAGUACGAGUUGUAUUUUGAUACUUAUGUUUUGAAUUUUGAUAUUAAAUAUUUGAUACUUAAACUAUUGUGAUGAACUACCUAUGCUGUUAAAUGUAAGGAGCUACAUAACAUUUAAAUGAUAGAGUUUCCAUUAGUCACUUAAUCACCAGGAACUUCUGUGCUCUACUCAACUCUGCUUUUGUCGGUGAAACAAUAUUUAUUCUAGCAAAUCUUUGUUAAUAUUUGUGUUUUAGUGUGAGUGUAUGUUUGGUUGUUUUUAAGUAUGAGUACGAAACUACCAACUGAUGUGA